AUCUUCAAGCUAUAACUAAAAUGUUUGUUUUUAAAUUCAUGAUUCCUGUAACAACUAAUUAACAGCUAGUUUUUAUAUAGAUGCACAGAUUUUUUGUGCAAGGUUGAAGGGUUGUCAUACUAAUUUUGCUACUUUUCUUAUUUUUUACUCUACUAUCACUUGAACACUUAUUCUGUGUCCUUUAAAGUUCUUCCUGGUUUUUUUUUUUCUUUUGCUUUCUUUUCAUUUUUGUUUAUGAUGACUUUUUUAUUGAUGUUAAGCCCUUUACUGAUUUCUUCUGUUGCUUUAUUUACAAGGUUCUGGUUGUCUGCAAUUUGCCUGGUUGGUGCAUCUUGAUUGCCAUAGUGAGAAGACAGGAAAACAUUGAACUUCUAGCUUACAAAUUCCCUGUUGAAAUAUUAAAGAAGGAGAAUGGUAUAUGCAUUGGGCAUCAUGUUGUCCAGCAUCCAGUCUUUUGUCUGAUUAAACACGAAUCCUACAUGCCAAAAGAAUGAGAUAUAGAAGGCUGACUCACAAGCAAGCCAAUUGUCAAACAUCAAACAUGUUCCAGUUUAUAAGAGAACUUAAUAGGAUCUAUGACGAUGAAAAUAAAGAUGAUAUGCCUGUUUACAAGUCUUUUGAAUUCCUUGAUAACUCUCAGGAGUUAAAAGGGUUCAAAGAGAAUGAAAUAAAUAAUCUCAAACUGAUCAAUGCAAAGGAGGAGGAUGGAGUCGUCAGGAACCAUGGAGGAACUGAAGGUUUCAUGGAAUCGGAGGACCCAUUACAUAGAGCAGGAUUUCCUAAAUGUCCUACAAAUGAAUCACAAGAAGACAAAGGAAGAAAAAAGAUUUAUGUUAAAAGGGAUGUAGAAGAUUAUGACAUGCCAGAGAUGGUUGCAUUUUUUGAAGACAGCAAUUAUCAUUUGUUCAAGCAUAUUUCCAGGGAUAAUGAAUCAGCUUUCCAGGAUGACUCUUUGAUUGAAGAUUAUGAGUUGGAUAGAUAUAACCUCUCUUCCAUACUUAACAAUGACGAUGUGGAAAGUUAUGAUUCGACUGAAGCAACUCUAGAAAGAUUGUCAUGUAUUACAAAUGAAUUACAACUAGUGGCGGAAGAUGUCAGCAAGAAUGAGCAACACUUAUGCAGAAGGUUUUGGAUGGAAGACGAUGAAGAUUCCGAAGAUGAAAUAGAUGAAAUAGAUGAUGCUUUGUUUGACUGUCCUGCUGAAACAAUUCACCUUAUUAAGCAUGCUCGCAAAAAUAAGCAAAAUUCGAAGAAGCCGAUAAUGGAAGACACAGAAGAUUUUAAUGGAAGAGCUUCUGUUUGUACUGAUAAUCCUGCAGAAAAGUUUUUAUACAGUAGUUAUAAGAGGUUGACAAUGGCAGAUGAAGAAGAUUUUGAUGGAACAGACAGUGUUUGGAUUGAUAAUCCUACUAAAAGGAUUCUACACAAAAUUCACCCAAUUAAAGAGAUUCCAAGCAAGGAAUCAGCAUUAUCAAACUCUUCGUCAUCAUCCGCAACUGAAGCAGAGCAAAACUACUGCGCUACAAGUGACGCCUGCCUCAAAAGUGAGGAGAAGAGUACUAAUAGCAACACUGAGACUGCGGCAUCUAAACAAGCUGCUGCAUUGGAUUGUGGUCAGGUUCUUGAAGCUGAAAAACCUGAAAGUGGGAUGUCAUCAGAGAGCCCGAAAACUUCAAGUCAAAGCUUGAUUAAUCAAUAUUGUGAUGAAGAUUCCAGUUCUGAUCCUCCCUCAGGCCCGAUUGAACACUCAGGUUCAAUACCAAAUUCUGGCAGCGUCCGUUCAAGUAGCAGUAAUACCAGCGCUUGUUCUUUUGCGUUCCCCGUAUUAGCCUCAGAAUGGUCUGGUAGCCCUGUAAAAAUGGUAAAUACUGACAAGAAACAAUGGCCACCGACGCCAAUUGCUAAACGGAAACAAUUGAAAAGGCCACCGCGUUGGAGACUACUCGUCUGCUGUAAAUCCAUCACAGAAGAGUGAGAUGAAAUAUUUCCCUUAUUAGUUGUGUUUGUUAAGUAUCCUUGUUCCCCUCAUUUCGAGAGUGGAGUUUAUACUUAUAGUGCAGAGAAGCAGACAUCUUCUCUGUUUUUACUUCUUUUUCUUUUUUUUUUUUUUUUUCUCUAUCAACCUUUGUAAUCAUUCAGCAUGUAGGCAUUGUAGCAGAAGAGGUUUCUAUAGCAGCUUAAGCCCUAUUUCAUAUGAUGGAAAGUAAGAUUUUCUGUUCUGUUGGCUCAGUUGUAUUGUAAAUAAUUUCUCCUUUCAAUUUGUAAGGCAAAUGGCAAUAUA